AUAAGGCUAAUGUGAAAUGCUAUGUUCUGGUGUUAGAAAAACAAUUAUAACGUUAGCAUAUCGUGGUUGCAUGCUCACAGUUCAAAGAGAACAGGUAUUUAUUCCAAAAGUGACAAACUGUUAGCCAUUUACUUGUGCUGAAACAUUAAUGCAGUUAGAACUUUCUAUUUGAUGAACUCUGGCUUGUCACGAGAGUGAUCCCAGACCUGCCUGUUCUAUGUUAUAUUUCUGAAUGCAUUCUCUGCAUAUCAUUACACAGCCAUUACAUCUGUAUUCUGUAUCAAGCAGUACCGGAGCACUAUCUAAAUGCCUUGGUUGAACAAUAUUACACAAACCUCGCAACUGUAAGAAACGACACUAAUGGGCCACAUUCUCUUAUUUUCUAUACAUUAUUAGUUUACAAGAUACAAGAGUUUGGGUCCCAAGUUCUUUUUGAUUUGUUAGUAUUUGAAUGGUAUAAGCAACAUUGUUAAAUAUAGGGAUUCGUGGGUCUGUUUCAGAGAAGAGUCACUUUUUUUCAGACUCUUGUUGUUUCAGGAAGUAGAAAUUUGGAUCUCUUCAUGAAAUGUGAAUUGCCUUGUGAUCUGUUGCAGUUCAUUUAGAUAACUGAGAUCAAACAUCCCCCCCUCUUCCUCUUAGUUUCUCCCUUAACUUUUGAGGGGGUAUGAACAUGAUAGGGGUUGAAACCAAUUAUUGAAGGUUAUUGACAUGGAAGUCGUUUUUAAGUGUCUAGAAAAGGGUGUCUUUUGGAUAACUUUUUUUUUAAUCUGAAGUUUUUUGGAGAACAUUUUAGGAAGGACAAUAGGCACUGCCAGUGCCAGUAGGUUUGUUGGUUCUGUUUUGCUGUAAUGUGUAAUUUGUUCAAUGGUAAUACUGCAAGUUAGUCUUGUUUUCCUUCCAUCGAAAGACAGAGAAUGCAAUUACUUUGCCGAAACAAUAUUAGACAUGAUAAUUACCUUUAUUAACGACCCAUUGUAAAUACCUUUAUUCUGUCUUGCUGUCCUUUAUUUAUUACUUGCCUUUGAGAAGAGAAUCUUGGAGUUGGUAUGGUCAUGAUUGGCCGGUUGGUUCUGCUUGAGUGGAUACCAACUGGUUGUAAGUGUUCAACGUGUCAUACGACUCCUGAAUGAAGAGUAUAUUGCCCAGGCAAGCAAGAUUUGGAGCAUAACUAUGCUUUGGAGACAGACUACUCUGUAGAAUUAUACAGGAACUGGAAUUUGGUGAAGAACUUCGGAACUAUGAGUUGAACUGGCUCUCUUUAAAGUAAGGUUAAUUUGUUUUGGUGACUCUAUGUAUGGUUUAUAGAAGCAGAAGCGGGAAGAAAGAUUUAACUUUUCAUUUUCUUUACCGCAUGAACCAUGCAUCAUCAUCUGCUUCUGGAUAAGAGAAGCAUACAUCUUCAAAUCCAGCAUCGAUGUUACAAUCACUGUCGAUAAUAUGGGUGCUUCCGAAGGAUGAAGUAACUUUCUUUCUAUGUACGUGUAAUCCCUUUUGUCCGCCCAUGGAAGUGACAAAUUCCAGAAAGUUUGUUUGCCCUCUGGCUUCUUUGUUCGACAUUUGACCUAUUGAACUAGAAAGUAUGUGGUAAAGAAAAUGCCUAUUACAACCAACAUUGCCAAAAAUAAGCUAGAAUAAAGUUUUUUUCCUUAGCUCUAACUCUGCCACGACUCACCAUUAAGGUAACUUAGCUGAAAAAUAUGCAGCUGUUGAAAUGCCUAUCAGCAAGCUAAUAGCCCGAAUAUCUAGACAUAUUAAGAUUAUCAAACUAGUCUUUUUGACAUGUUACAAUCUUCAACAACUCUCUUUUUGAUGGUAAGGUUUGGACAUCCUCUCCCUUUACCUCAUGACAGGUACAAUAUGCAGUAUUGACGAAGAUACUUCAGGUUCAAUUCUGCAGAUGAAAAGACCGUAUCUUCCUCUCUCUCUCUCUCUCUCUUAAAUAAUGCAGAUCCAUAUUGAACUUUUGGCUACUGAACAUUGUGUGCUCUCAUUGUCAUCUUUAUUGUUUUACAGCUCCUUAUAUCCGUGGGGAAUUAUCACUUGCACAAGAAAUUAUUUGCAUUCGGUAGACGAAAAAGUGUAUAAAUUUAUAUAUAACAUACAUAAUGUAUAUAUAUACAAAAAUAUACAUUUUUCGGCUAUUAUACAGUGUUGUUUUCCCUGUAUCCAUUGGCAGAAGAAGAUAUUACCAUCUCAAACUUCACACGACUAUCGACUUCUGUUCUUUGAACCUCCUUUGUUGCUGCACCAUGAAUAAUUUAUCAAUGCCAAUAUCAAUUAUCUGUUCUCUAAUGCUGGGGCGGACCCGUGGUUUAAACUUUAUGAGUACAAUUUUUUAAGUUCUUAUUUGAAACAUUUGCACUUUAAAAUUAAGGAUACAAAAUGUACAAUUUUGACAUUUUAAUAACUUUCACAUUAAUAUCUGUACACCACAUUGAGAAUGAUUCAGUUGAACCUAAUUUAUUUAAGCUGCAUCUGCCUUUGCUUUCUCAGGCUAGCAGAAGUCCUGAUAAAAGGGAAAAAGCAGAAAGAAACAAAAGAUUAAUUUCCCCCCUAUAAUUAGCGAGUACUAAUAUUCUCAUAUUAAGGCAUAUAGCAGACUCAACUGGUUUGGUAGCUUUUUAUUAUUUGAAUUUGAAAAUGUACCUGUUUGUGGAGAGGCUGAAUGUUUGAACUUUGAACUAAAGGGAGACUAAACAAUAUAGAAAGGAAAAAAGGAGGCGACCAGAAUUUUCUAUAUUGUUGAUCGCAUUUUUGCGUCAAUGACACUUACUUUAUUCUAAAAAGUUUGAAACAGGAAAGGGAAAUAAAUAAAUAUGAUAUUCCUUUCACAGUUGAAAUUCAGCUCUAGGAUUAUGAAAGUCAACUCUUUUUUUUCCUGUCCAAAAAAAGUUGAAGUUUUACAUCCUCAGAGCUGAGAUAUUCCUUAGUUCUAAGCACCAACUAAUGAAGGAAACUAAAGUCUGCAGAUUGAUUUUAGAAUUCAAGGAAUUAACAUUAUUUUUUGGUAGAAGUAAUGGACAGAAUGCUGUGGGAGACUGCUCAAAAAGGAGAUGUUCAUCACUUGCAAAGCUUGAUCAAAGAAGACCCUCUUCUUCUCAGGGCAGUUUCAUUAGCAGGUACUGAAACUCCUCUUCAUAUUGCUUGCUUGGGUGGCCAUCUUGAGUUUGUGAAGGCGAUCGUUCAUCUCAGGCCAGAAUUUGCAAGAGAAGUAAACCAGGAUGGUUUCAGCCCUUUGCAUAUUGCCUCAGCAAAUGGGGAUAUAGAGAUUGUGAAGCAGCUCUUGAACGUUGACCGUAAUCUUUGCCUUCUCAAGGGGAAGGAAAGAAAAAUUCCCCUUCACUAUGCAGUAAUCAAAGGCAGAAAACAUGUUAUGAGGGAGCUUCUUGUGGCUUUUCCAGACUCUGUAGCAGAAGUAACUGCUCGAGGCGAGACUUGUCUUCAUUUAGCAGUCAAGAAUCAUCAGUUUGAUGCGUUCAAAUUAUUACUUGACUACCUCAAGGAAUUUGACAAGUAUGAUCUUUUAAACAAGGAGGAUAUCCAAGGAAAUACUCUUUUGCAUCUUGCUGUGUCAACUAAGCAAUACGAGGUUGUUGAUCUACUGCUGGACGCAAAUGUUGUUCCUAGAGGCACAAUUGAGGUGAAUUCUUUGAACAAGAGAGGCCUUACACCUUUGGAUGUACUACUUAAGGAAUCUGGAGACAGAGAUAUUGAGGAAAUUCUAAGAGCAUCUGGUGCUGUAUCUGUUGAAAACUUGCAAUCUUCACAGCAAGAAGCUUCCCCCCAAUCUUGGGUUGUUUCAGUUCAAGAUUCAUCAAAUGAACAAUCCAGCAGAGAGCAUAGGAGAGACCAGCCUCGAUCUCGUUCUAAGAAACUUCAGGAUUACUUCAAGUACAAUAAAACCAAAGAUUCUCCAGGAAAAGCAAGAGACACUCUUCUUGUGAUAGCGAUUCUAAUUGCAACAGCAAGUUAUCAAGCAGUGCUUAGUCCACCAGGAGGUGUUUGGCAGGACAGUUACCGGCCUGCAGGAAAUAACAACACCAGUAGUGAUGACAAAAUGUCCGUGCCACAUGUCGCCGGACAGUCAGUGAUGGGAACCAACAAUCCAAUUUCCUACGGCUUGGUCUUGGUUUUCAACUCCAUCGGAUUUUAUGUGUCCCUUCACACGAUAAAUUUCCUCACAAUAGGAUUUCCGUUGCAAUUGGAACUGCAAGUCUCACUUGUUGCCUUGACAGCAACCUAUGGUAUUGUGAUGUCUGCCAUAACACCUAACCCGGGAAUUGCUCUCUUCUUUAUUAUCUUUUCUUCAGUCUUUCCAGUUUUGUUGCCUUACAUUUCAAUGUUGCUGAGAAACUAUUGCAAGAAACCUAGAUUCUUAUCAAGAUUUAUGAACUGUUCAGUUAGUUGAACAACAUCUUCUUGUAUUUUGUUCUUCUUUUGAAGUUCAAUCAGGAUGUAUUCAAAUUCUAAAAUGAAACUUGAUAAUGAGAUUCAUUAACAAUCUCUUUUAUGUAAUUGCUUUAAUAUUUUAUUCUUCCA